ACAUAGAAAACCGUUGUCCAACAGCUCAUGACAACGUGAAAGUGUUCAUCUCUCACGGCGGCCUGAACAGCGUGCAGGAGUCCAUCUUCCACGCCACACCCCUCCUUGUCCUCCCCGUCUUCGGUGACCAACCAACGCAAGCCGUGUUUGUGGAAAGCUCGGGUCUGGGUCACAUGCUGGAGUGGGAGGAACUUACUGCCGAUAGGAUUGUCAACGCCCUCACUGAUAUUAUAAACGAACCAAAGUACAAAGAGGCCGUGUCGGUGAUGUCGGCGUCCUUAAGGGAUCAGCUGACUACGCCGCAGGAGCGCGCCGUCUUCUGGACGGAGUACGUGAUCCGCCACCGAGGGGCGCCGCAGCUGAGGUGCCCGGCCACCCAGCUGUCCUGGGUGGAGUUCCUGCUGCUGGACGUGGUGGGCCUCCUGCUGAUGGCCCUACUGCUGCUGCUGCUGCUCCUGCGUCGCUUCUCUUGGGCAGUGUUUGCCUUAGUCUUUACUGACCGUGUCAAGAAAAAGAAGGAGUGACGCGAGACAAAGUGAAGUUUGUUUGUAAGUGAUGGUGUAUAACGACUGCAUGUUGUAUAGAUAAGGGGGGGGGGUUGUAAUAUUCAUCCUAUAUUAGAUUCCUUAUGUUCUAAGUGUAACUCCUCCCUUAUUUAUGGACCGAUAUCUUUCAUUCGAAAAGCAUUUUGAUCAGGAAGGAUAGGGGCUUAAAGCUUGCUAUCGUUUGGAUGUAAACAAUAGUAGAAUUUUUUUUUUUUAAGUUCGAUGUAAUAAUAAAUAAAAAAAAUAAAAAAAAAUUACAAAUAUUUUUCAAAAAUCAAAAUCAACUACAAACAAAAGGUUUCGAUAGCAGACCCUAUUCCUUUCACAUACUUUCAUAAGGUGCACUGAAAGAUAUGUGUAUAACAAGAAGUGCGAAGGAGGAGAUUUUUUUUUAAUGUUCAAAAUCAUGGUUUUGAGAAAUCAAGCGAUGAAGUUGAAAUAUUUUGUGUAUUUAACCUAUUCCACCUAGGGACUUAAAAUCUUCAGAAUAUAUACAUCAAGAUAUGAAGAAAAAAUAGACAUGGUUCCCUUUACUUACCUGCAUUGGUUGUGUACACAGGCUGCUUUGUUUACCCUUGGUUAUUUUUUUACGGGGUCACAAAUCCAUGUACUCGAAUUUUAUCAUUUUUCUCCAUAUUUCAAAGUAAAAGCCAGUGUUCUGUUGUGUAAAAUCAAUAAAAUAUAA